AUGGAAGGCUCCAAGGAAAAAAUCAUCCUGAAUAUUGGGGGAGUCAGAUAUGAGACAUACAGCAGCACCCUCCGGACCUUCCCAGGGACCAAGCUCUGCAGCCUAACAGAGCCCCAUGCCCCAAGCAUCUACGACUAUGAUCCCACCACCAAAGAGUUCUUUUUUGAUAGGAGUGCUGAGAUCUUCAGCUACGUGUUGAACUGUUAUAGGACCAAACAUUUCCACUGCCCCAUUGAUAUCUGUAGGUCAGUCUUAGAAGAAGAGCUGGCUUUCUGGGAAAUAAAUGAGACACAGCUAGCAUCCUGCUGCUGGCUGAAGCUGAAUAACAAAGAGGUGCAGCCAGAGGAGUUUAACAUUUGCGAUGAAAAUGAACAGACUGAUGACCAGUGCCUCAUAGUCCAGACAGAAAGAAGGGAUUUCAGCUGGCGAACCAGGUGGCAGCCAAAGAUUUGGUCUAUAUUUGAAAAACCUUUUUCCUCUUUCUGUGCGAAGUGCUUGGCUUUUGUUUCUCUGCUGUUCAUCGUUGGAAUUGUCAUCAUAUUCUGCGAGGAGACCAAGGCACAAUUUGAGUUCUUCACCUCUGUCGGCUCUUCUGAGGUCUCCCAUGAUGACCAUGAACGCUAUUACCACCAGGCUGCCUACUUGCUUCAUCUGGAGCUUUUCUGUGUCCUCUGGUUUACUUUUGAGUUCUCUGUGCGAUUUUGUUUCUGCCCAGACAAGAAGUUGUUCUUCCAAAAUCCCCUGAAUGUGGCUGACUUCCUCUCCCUCUUCCCAGUUUAUAUUGAACUCUUUGUGGCGGGGCAGAUUCAGAGAAAGCCAAGCCUGGGGCUUUGGUUGGGCUUUGUUCGCAUUGUCUAUCUCCUCAAACUCCUGAAGAUAUCCAAGCUGAUAGAAACGCCACUGAUCCUCAGGGUUCUGUGCUACACCCUCAAGUCUAUCCUUAGAGAGAUUUGCAUCCUGCUGAUGAUUUUGGCCUUUGAGACCCUCUUCUUUGGCUCUCUCUUUUUCUAUGGGGAGUUGCUGGGUAGCCAUCCCUCCUACACAGGGGAGCUGCACUUCACUGACAUUCUUGUUUGCUUCUGGUGGGCUUUGAUCACACUCACUACAGUGGGCUAUGGAGAUAUUCUCCCUCUCACUACAGUUGGCCAAGUGACGGCAGCCUUAGCUGCGGUAUUUGGCCUGUUAACUAUUAUCAUCCCAAUACCCAUUUUCCUGGUGAAAUUUAAAAGCUAUUAUGACAUUGCUAUCUUCAAACAGAAGCUGAAAAGAAACAAGAAACAUUAA